CGCCCCUCCCCUCGAAGGCUGGCUUUUCCUGAUGCUUGUGGCCUUGGCCUCCGUCCCGAUACUGCAGUAUAAGGGGCACCGAUUCAGAUCAAGAAUCAAAGACAUUUCUUGUUGGAGCGGUGCUAGCAGCCGCUGCCUUCUCCAUCCCGACCCGGCUCUGCGUCCGGCACUUGAGUGGUCCCAUCUUAGCCUGGGAGGUCAUGAGCCCCGCAGCCCAGAGAACUCCUCUGGCGCUGGGGCUGUUUGGCCUGCCAUCCCUGCUGCUGCUGCUGUUAGACCUGACCCCCGCGCGCGGUGACUGUAAUGCCCCAGAAAGGCUACAUUUCGCUGUCCUGACAGGGGAUUCUGCAGCCCAGCAAAGCUUUCCUGAGGGUUCAGAAGUGAAAUAUACUUGUCGACCAGGUUACCAAAGAAAUUUUAAAUUCCCACCUACCCGUACUUGCCUUCCAGAUGGAACGUGGUCCAAGGCAAAUGAAUUUUGUCAAAAAAAACAGUGCCCUAACCUUGGAGAGCUAACCAAUGGUCAUAUUAAGAUCGAGAAUGAUAUCUUAUUUGGUUCAACUGUUUCUUUCAUUUGUGAUGAAGGGUAUGUAUUAAUUGGUGAGUCUCAGAGCCGAUGUGAAAUUGUAGAAGGAAAUAAGGUUGGGUGGAGUGAACGUCUUCCAGUAUGCGAAGCCAUUCGUUGUGAUCUACCUCCAGUUAUUGACAAUGGACAACACACAGGAAUCAAUCAAGAUUUUUUUACUUAUGGAUCAGUAGUGAGAUACAGAUGUGAUGCAACAUAUUCCCUUAUUGGAAAUGAAGUUAUACAUUGUACUACUGAGAAUAUGAAAGAUGGAAUAUGGAGUGACCCUCCCCCUGAAUGCAAAGUUGUCCGUUGUGAAACUCCACUUCUCCCAAAUGGAUACAUUCAGUCUCUAAGAAGGUCAUCUUAUACAUAUAAAGAAACCGUGAUCUUGGAAUGCAAUCCUGGAUUUAACAUGAUAGGCAAGGAAAUGAUUUCCUGUGGUGCUAACAACACCUGGAUUCCUGACAUUCCGCAGUGUAUAAAAGAUGUUAAGCCUACCACUGUUGGGGCUACAACCUCUACCACCACUACUACCAGUUCCUCUUCUUCCACUGGUGGUUCCUCUUCUUCCACUGGUGGUUCCUCUUCUUCCACUGGUGGUUCCUCUUCUUCCACUGGUGGUUCCUCUUCUUCCACUAGUGGUUCCUCUUCUUCCACUAGUGGUUCCUCUUCUUUUGCCAAUAAGAAAGAAAAUCAACUCAUCACAGUAUUCCUGGUGAUACCAUUGGUAAUCUUUACCCAAACAGGAAGUUUCAGUUUCAGAAAUUGGUUAUGAAAAAUCAAGAAUCUACAGCUUCAAAAAUCAAAUCUACAUCAAGUAUCUAAGUCAUCAUCUGCAUAUUAUCUAUCGAGGUCUACUCAGGAGAACAGAUCACAUUGCCCUUAUAAGAGUGAUUUGCUUUUUAUGGUGUUGACAAUUCAUGAUUUUCUGAUCCUCUGAGUUGCAGAAGGAAUGAAGAUUGAUUUUUUUAAUAUAUGAAGUAUUUUAAAUAAAGUGUUUCCUUUUAUCUAUUUAUUUCUUAUGAACCAAACUUAUAGGUGGCUUGUAAAUGGAGAAAAACAUUCUAGCACCUUAUCUGAGCAAUAGCUAUCAAGAUGUUAAUAUUAAAUUAUAUUUUUUGCUUCAAACUAAAGACUAUCAUUCUUUCAUUUGUAAGGGGUUUGAAUGGUCUAACUUUUUAACUUAUUAAAUCUUUCUCCUUCAAUGGGACAAUGAAUUAAAAUGAAAAUGUCUUUCAUGUAA